GAUUCGAAAAUGGACGUGACCUAGUUUCUAACAAGAUGGCGGGUGUUUUGUUUGAGGAUAUUUUUGAUGUGAAAGAUAUUGAUCCAGAAGGGAAGAAAUUUGACAGAGUGUCCCGCCUUCACUGCGAGUCCGAGUCCUUCAAGAUGGACCUCAUCCUGGACGUCAACAUCCAGGUCUAUCCCAUGGACCUCGGAGACAAGUUCCGUAUGGUAAUAGCUACCACCCUGCGUGAAGACGGUUACCCUGAUGACACAGACUAUAACCCUGCGGAUCAAGGACCAUCGCGUGCGGACAGUUUUGAGUAUGUCAUGUACGGCAAGGUGUACAGGAUAGAGGGUGAUGACAGUGGCGCCGAGACCGGGUCCAGAUUGUAAGUAGAAAUAUUGCAUCAUUUCU